AUGUCCUUUUUCAAUACAAUUAGGGAAAGAGCUUCUUCUCUUUCAAUAUUUGAUAAAGCGAAUGUUCCCAAAAAACCGUCAAAAGAUGAAUUGUUCAGAGAGGAAUUCAAGCUACCUGAUGAUGAAACAAUCAUAGAUGAAACAGCUGCAGAGAUGCUUGUUGUAUCCAAGGAAGAUUCAAACCAAAAUAACGCAUCAAAUAACUUUUCUUCAAAUGAAAAUCAGCUAUCAAAUCAUUCCAAUUUCGUCUUUUCCGGGAAGCUAUAUUUAACAAAACAUUAUAUUGUAUUUCGUGAUUCUUUUGAUCGCAAGAGCUGUGUUAUAGUACUGAAUUUAUCUACAGUGAAGAAAGUGGAAAGAAUACCAUCAAGAGCAUAUGUUUUCGCUCUUUCAAUCGUUACAAAUUGUGAUAUUAAACUAUUGAUUCAAUUCAUUGGAAUACGUUCAAGAUCAGAAGAAUUCUCUUACAAAUUGAAGACAUGUUUGAGAGAUAAUGUAUCAAAUACCAAGAAAAUUGAUCCAUUCUUGGAAUCUUUAUAUUCAGAAUUCAUCGUAAAGAAAAAUGAGCCUGGCGCUGAUAAAUCUGCUAUACAUUCACCAGAUGGUGGUCUUGGUCAACUUUUCAAGUAUCCUGGUGAUCCUAAAAAAUUGAGAGAUAAAUCCAAAUUGAGACUUUGGUAUGAUUAUUUUAGACGUUAUGGUAGAAACUUGAGUAUAGCUCGUCAAAAAAUGUUUUACAAAUUAUUGAGAGUUGGUUUACCAAAUAGAUUAAGAGGUGAAAUAUGGGAGUUAACAAGUGGUGCAAUGUAUUUAAGAUACCAAAACUUAGGAAUUUAUGAAAAAUUACUUAAAGAUAAUGAAGGUACCUCAUCAAUUGCUAUUGAUGAAAUUGAAAAAGAUUUGAAUCGUUCCUUACCUGAAUAUUCAGCUUAUCAAUCAGAGGAAGGUAUUGGAAGACUUCGUAGAGUCUUAACCGCAUAUUCAUGGAAAAACCCAGAUGUUGGUUAUUGUCAAGCUAUGAAUAUUGUUGCCGCUGCUCUUUUAAUUUUUCAAACAGAAGAACAAGCUUUUUGGACAUUAUCAGUUUUAAUUGAAAAGUUUGUUCCAGGUUAUUAUUCUAAGACUAUGUAUGGUACCCUAUUAGAUCAAAAGGUUUUUGAAUCCCUUGUUGAAAAGACCAUGCCAAUUUUGUGGACCCAUAUAACGAAAUAUGACAUUCAAUUAUCUGUCGUAUCGCUACCUUGGUUCUUAUCAUUAUUUCUGAAUUCAAUGCCAUUGGUUUUUGCAUUCCGUAUUAUUGAUGUGUUCUUCUUACAUGGUCCAAAGGCAUUAUUUCAAGUAGCUUUAGCAAUUUUAAGAAUCAAUGGUGAAGAGUUAUUAGAAAUUGACGAUGAUGGUACAUUUAUCUCAGUAUUGAAGGAUUAUUUUUCACAACUUGAUGAUUCUGCACAUCCAAAUUCAAAAGAUCCAAAAUUUAGACAAUUAACCAAGUUUCAAGAAUUGUUAAUUGUUGCAUUCAAAGAAUUUUCAAACAUUACAGAUGAAAUGAUUAAUCAAGAACGUAAUAAACAUAAACCAAGUAUUUUACAAAACAUUGAAACUUUUAUUAAGAGAAGUCAACUAAGAAAUCUACCAAGAACUCCAAAUCUUUCAAAAGAACAUAUCUCAAACAUUUAUGAUAGAUUUUAUAAUUGUAUUCAAAGUCAUAAGGCAAGUCUUGGUGUUGGAUCAUCCUCUAUGGAGUUCAAAACUUAUCAACAAUUUAUGAAUGGUUUUUGUGAUUGGGCAUUGCCAGAAGAAGAAUAUGAUUCACACCCUGAAGAUUUCCUUCAUAGACUAUUUAGAAACUGGGAUAAAGACUCUAAGGGCGUGUUAUCGCUAACUGAUGUUGUGGUUGGUUUAGAUAAACUAGUUAACAAAAAUCUUAUGGAAUCAAUUUCAUAUUUUUUUGAAAUUUAUGAUUAUAAUAAUAAAGGUGAGGUUGAUAGAGAAGGAAUUUUACAAAUUUCAGAAGGCUUGCUAUACAUUACAAAACCAUUACAAGAUGGUAAAGUAUUUGAUUUCUUGACCAAAAAAUCAAUUGAAAAUUAUAUUGCUGAUAAAAUUGUUGAAAAACAAAAUGAAACAAAUGAUGAAGUUAUCUUGUUACCUUCAGAAGUAAAUAUUGAUCAAGAAAUUUUCCAAAGAGAACAAGGGGAACGUUACUUAUCAGCCGCUAGUGAUUUCAUCCAAAGAGCUUUUGAAUAUGCUCAACCUGCUGAAGUUCCAGAAUUAAUUGAAAUUGAUGAUAAGAAAGACUUGGAAAAGAUAAAGGCAAAUGCCGCACUUGAUCCAAAUCAUCCAUUAACAUUAAAUCUUGCAACUUUCCGUAUGGUUAUACUUGCUGAUGAAUCUUAUGAAUUGUUAUUUUCAGAAACCUUAUCAUCAUCCAUUCAUCUUGAUAGAUCAACAAAUAUUUCAGAUAAGGGUGGUAUUUUACGUGAUAUGUUUGAUGGAUUAUUAGCUGAUGGUAGAAGAGUUGCUAAUCAAGUCCGUCGUAGAAUGGAUUCAUCUGCUACCUCAAGCUCUAAUAACCAUGAUAGUUCCAGUAUCAAAUCCAAACCAGGUAAUGCUUCAUUGAUUGAAGAAGAAGAUGAAGACGAUUUCGGAGCUGAUGCCACAAGUAAUGAUUAUGGUGAUUUAUUAGAGAAUGCGGAGAUUCAAGCACUUGGUGAUGUUCCAGUAAGCAAUAAUGUAAAGAAAGAUGAUAGAGAAAAUGAAUUAAAAGUGCUACAUGGUGAGAUGACUGAAAUCGAAAAAGGUUUACAGAACCAAAGUAUAUCAAAAGAUAAAAAUCUGAUUGAAUUUGAGAACUAA